AUGAGCAACUCAAUAUGGGUGAGACCCACGGGCGGGCAAAGUUGGGUCGAGGCACAGGUUAUCAGCCAGUUGGAUGGCGGAAGGUUGAGGGUGAAACUCAGCGACGGGUCAGAGUUGACCAUGUCAGCAAGAGACAUUCACCGCAAAAACCAGCCCGGGCUAGACGCGCCGGACAGUCUCACAUCUCUGAAGCAUAUCGACCUUCCCAAUGCGCUCCAUGCCUUGAGGUUGAGAACUUCUGUGGGAAAGUACGACACUCGUGCUGGGCCAUUCCUGCUUUUGUCUGGUGGGCUCGAGGUCCACAGCAGGAACAGCAGGAGCGACAUGGAGCCGUCAACAUGCUGUGCUGGGGUCCAGGCGUCGGCCUACGCUCAGAGCGUCUUCUCCAUGAUGAGAGUCCGUCGAGAUCCUCAGCUGUGCAUCAUAGAGGGAGGGAGGAGGGAGGAGCGGGCGGCGAUGCUGAGAUUGAUCCUGAGUGGUCUUCUUGCUGAGGGCAAGCAAGCAUGUACGGCUGCUGGAGGUUCGCUGAUCGACAAGGUCAAGGCAGCGAUGCACUUGCUGGAAAGCUUGACGACAUCCAACUCCACCUCAUGCGACAGCGAUGGAUGCUUCCUCUCCCUCGUGCUGGGCUACGAGCAUGCGGCAUCGGGGCUGGAGCUCUCUGCAGCAGCAGUGAAGCCUCGGCUCGUCGACAUGAGGAGACCAUUGAUCGCCCCUGGCCAUGAAGGAUGCUGCAGGUUGACGGAGCAGGUUCUGCAGGCAUGCCUGGAGCAGGAGAAGCUCGUUGCGGAUAUCUGUAGCAUCUCGGAUGUAUGCCCCAACGCUAGCCAGGUGGGCAGAAACGAGGAGACUCUUGAGGAUUGGAAGGAGACGGUCAGUUCGUUGGAGUUGCUGGGGAUGUCGGAGAGCGAGGUCGAGAGCGUCGUCCGUCAUGCUGCCGCGUUGAUGGUGUGGUCGUCUGCCGUCUCGGCAAUGAAGGAGACUGAGAGUUGCCGGAGCUCCACUGAGAAGCUUGCUCGAGCCUGGAGGAAGGUGGAAAACCUGCUCUUCUCCACGGGGGAGGAAGCAUCCGAUGCUGGAGAGGAAUCGCGCGAGGAGAUGUCAGAUGCGCUCCUGGGCAACUUCAUGAUGAACGCCGAGGCCUUCGGGUCUUGUUUGUACAUGAUGAUCAUCGAGAAAGUCCUCCUAGCCGCUCAAGUGGCCCUGGGGUCAGCAAAGCUCUCAGAGAAUCCUGGCGAAACAGGAGGAGCAGGAGCAGGAGCAGGAGCAGGAGGAGCUGGAGCUGGAGCUGGACUGAGGACCGUCACCAUCAUCUGCACGAAAGAUGUCUCAGAGUGUGACGCUCCUGCUGCCGACGACCGACGGCCUGCGGGCUCGACGAGUUUCCAGCAACUCGCUGCCAGGCUGAUGGACGACCUUUUGCAUCAUCGACUGCAGUCCUGCCUGUCUGCAUGGGAGGAUCAAUGCAAGAGAGAGCAGAUCACGUCUCGCACUGUGUGUCGAGCACGAGGAGGGAAGCAUCCCCUGCGUCUCCUGGAGGAAGGAAGUCUCCUCGAGAGGAUGAGCAAGUUGACAAGGGCCGCACUCCCCUCCUCCCGCCUCAGCCUCCUCCCCCAUCUGUCCUUGAUGGAUCAGAUGCGGCAGUGGGCAGGGGAAAUGGACAUCUCUUCCUCCUCCGCCUGUGCUGCCUUCAUCGGGGGCCAGCAGCAGCUCCUGGCUGUGGAGCAUGUAGAGCAGCGGCAGGAGUACAGCAUGCAGCAGCUGCUGCGCGAAGACUUCUUCUACGUCCUCCUCGCCCGCUAUGCCCAAUGGCUGAGGGCAGCGGCGCAGAGGAGAGCAGGAGGCUCCUUCCUCCUCCCCAGGGGUCCCUGCGCGGCCCCGCAGGCAGACUUGGUUGCUGCGAUGAGGAAGGAGCUGAUGGAGGUUGAGGAGGAGCUGAACUCGCAUGAGCUGCAAAGCACGCGGAGGUUUCUCUGCCUCCAAACGUGCCAGGAGAGGAACAGCAGAUACUUCGACGCGAGCUUCUGUGAGCUGCAGUUGAGGAAGCAUCGCGUGGUGGAGGCAAGUCUGCUCGGGAGGGAGGGACUGGACAGGAGCUUCUCACACGAGCUCUUCGUCCAUCGCUACCAUCCCCUCCUCUUCGGCCAUGGCGUCGUCCCCCCCUCCCAUCCCCUCCGUGACUGCUACCUGCUGGGACGCCUGUCCUUGAGCGAGCAGGUCCAGACCGUCCUCACGCACUGCUCCUGCUCCUCCUCCCUCUAUUGCAUCGGGCCGACGAGGAUCUUCUUGACCGACUCCCUCCUCUCCCUUCUUGAGGACCUCCGCUCCAAGGUGGUCAAGUCCUCCGCCAAGGCCCUUGAGAGACACGUCCUUGCAUGGCAGUGCAGGAGACGAACAGCGCCUGCAGCUGUGCAGGAAGAGGAUGCUUCUUCUUCUUCCUCCUCCUCCCGUGCUUCGCUCCUUGUUCGGGAUCUGGCAGAAUGGCCGGCGGAUCGCGUGUGUAGUACCUCGCUGAGGGUAACGAUCAGCGGGUGUGGCAGCUGCGGGCAGGUGGAGGCAGCGAUCGGCCCAGCUGAAGGCCUGGUGGGAAGAGUGGAGGAGCAGCUGGACAAGACAAGAAUGAUGAUGACGACGAUGCUGGAGAAGCUGAAGGGGAGGGGCAGGGAGGGCCAGCUUGAGGUGAAGUCUCUCAGCUGGGAGACGCCGGGGCUGACGGUCUCGACCCAUCUCCAUGAGGUCCAGCAGGCGGUAGAACGUCACUUGGAUCAGAAUCUGAAGCAGCAGGCGGUCACGAGAGCGAGCCUGGAGCAGGCCAGAGCCAAGGUAGAGGAACUGGAGGAAGAGCUGCGAGGGAGGCGGCAGAAGGAGGAGGAGGGAUCGAGUCUCCUCCUUGCACUGCUGGAGCAACUGAGGAGCGAAAUCAAGCUUGCCCAAGAGGAAGCAGAGCGUGCGGCUCAGAUGGCAGAGCAGGAGGCGGCAGGAAAGGAGGGGGGGCAAGAGACGGAAUCUACUCAGCAGCAUGCCGGCGAGGAGGAAGCGGAGGAGGAGGACGCUUCCUUGCAGCGUGAAGCAGUGCGCGAGGAGUCUGAGGAGUCGCCAGAGAAGGCAGAGGAGGGAGAAGCGGUGGAGGAAGGAUCCCCUGAAGAAGAGAAAGAAGUGCAAGACGGCGACAAGGAGGAGGAGGAGGAGGAGGAGGAGGAGAAAGAAGAGGAGGAGAGGCAGAAAGAGGGAGAGAGGGAGGACGAGGGCAAGGCUAGUCAGGAAGCGGAGGAAGUGGAGGAAGCGUCUACUUCCCAAGAGGACCUGAAACCCCACGUGCAGCAUCAGGAUGCAGAGGUUCAGUGCGAUCCUGCUGAGGAGCAGAGCAAGAGCAGCAAGGAAGUGCAAGUCAGCGAGCAGAGGACGUUUCCUUCUUUCGACCAGCUCUGGCAGGAGUGGCCGAAGGUCGUCGGGUCCUCUGAGGAGGAGGGCGCGCCGGGCUAUCGGCCGUUCAACUGCAAGCUGAUGGUGGAGAAGGAGGGGAGCUGGAAGGUGAGGAGAGAGAAGGAGAGGGAAGAAGGGAGGAGAGGAGAGGAGAGGGGAUGGGAUGGGAGGACGUGA